GAUUAUUCUUACGAAGUUACGCGUGACGAAAUAAAGCUGUGCCGUAAUCCCGUUGGAUCGGCUCAUUCUUCGAUUCACCAAAAGCACCACUCACUCACUGAGUCACUUUUCAAAGUUUCUACUCGGAAGUCAAACCUUGCCGUUACCCUCAGCAACCUCUUCGCUUCUUCAUCUCAGCAACAUUUUCCAUUAUCACUAGAAGGUUUUGAAGAAGUACUAGUUUUCUGGAGGAAGCUUUUACAUUAAUUAGGUUUAGAAUAAAAUGAGGGGUAAAGCGGCGCGGCGAAAUAAUGGUAGAGUUGUAGAACCAGUUGCACCUUCUGUGGAGAGUGAUUUUGUUGAAUCAAUAAAAGCGGUUACUGAAUUUCCUCGCUCGUCGUUUGAGUUCUAUGUGUGGUCGGAUCAGGGAGUUAAUCUUGAAGUUGAUUUUACUUCGUCCCUGUCGGAUUGGACUAGCAAGUUUAAAAAUGAGGUCCGCGUGAGUGAUAACGUGAAUGGAAACAAAUCUCGGAGUCUUCGGCAAGAUCUCAGUGGCUUAAGUGAUAAAUCUUCAUUCUUGUGGAAUACAGAUUGUAGUCAAGUUGUUGAUUGUGAUGGACAGGGCAAAUCUUCCUCAUCAGGGUUGAAAUUGACCAAAGACGGUGUUGCAGACAGUGUUGCAGUGUUAGGUAAACAAAAUAAUGGUGAAAGAAUGACUGUAAAAGUGGGAAAGAAUUUACUGGAAAAUCAUUCAAAGCCUUUAAUGUCUGAUCCCGGCACGCUGGAGGUUCAACUUUCAAAGCCUGAUAAUGGAGGUUCUGUGAAUUGUGGUCUUCCAAAGGGUUCUUGUAUUGUGAGCCCUGGUGUAGUGUGUGCUGGAGGUUCAUUAAGUAUUUCUGUGGAAUUACAUGAUUCGGAACUUGCAAGUUGUCAUAAAUAUGCACCAGUUUUACCCUGUGACGGUCAUGUAUCCCCGGAUUUAAGUUAUCCAAAGAACACUCCUGAAAAGAAACACUUCCGGAAGGCGGCCAAGACUGUUGAUGGAAAGGGGCGUUCAAGAUGCUCCCAAUUUGAUGACCCACUUAAGAAGUCUCGCCUAGAUUAUGACGAUCAGGUUUCCAAAACGGAACUUCAUAAAAAGAGGAAAGACAGAUACUCCAAGAUUCAAGGUUCAAGUGGUAAACCUGCUGCAAGAAUUUUAAGGAGCACGACAAAAACUGCUGUUAUGACCCUGCCUAGAAGAUCCCCAAGGAUAAAGUGAGUUCAUGAAGUGCUUUGUGCGCCAUUUGAAGGCAUUAGUUCCAUAUUUUUAAAUGAAGCUAAAAUCCAAUGUUCAAAAAUGGAAGCUUGACAUUUAGUAGUUGGUUGCAGGUGGCGUUAUUCUUCUGGAUGAGUUAUCCCAAAAGUAAUUAAAAGCAAAGUAGACUCUGAGGUAGAUUUCAGUUAAACUGUUAAAAAAAACGAGCUAUAUAGUUCUUUCUUGUUUUAGUAUUUAGAAAUUAUAAAAUUAUUGUUUGUAUUUUUAUGUAACCUUUAAGGUACUAUUUCUAAUUGCAUAUGGAUGUGGAUCAACGUCCGAAUCAUUGAAUUUAUUUGGCUUGACGCCAG